ACGUUUUGUUGACCCCAUUCAAACGGUCACACUGCCAGCACAAGAAAAUUCUUUGGACGAAAACUCUACAAGAUUUCCGUUUUCAAUUAACAAUAAUGAAUUAAUUAGCGCUUGAAUUAGCACAAGGCCUUAAGUGAAGAAACUAGCACAGCUCCGAGGCACUAGGAAACGAUGGCGGUACUGGGCGCCCAAUUGGUGAUCACUCUGGUGAUGGUCAGCGUCAUCCAGAAGCUGAGUCCGCACUACUCCUUCGCCAAGUGGAUACUGUGCCGCACCGGUCUGCACCGUUACCUGCAUCCCACCGAUGAUGAGCUGCGCUCCAAAGGGGGAGUGCCGAAAGAGAAGCCUCCAAAGGGUGGCCGGAACAAGCAGGCUAACGGAAACGCCGCCAGCACCACACAGUUUCACAUACCGCGCAGCAUUGAGGUGGAGCUGGAGACUCUGCCCGUUCAGGAGCGCGAUGUGGUGCACCUGCGCUACUUCACCGAAUACCAGUGGCUGCUGGACUUUAGUGUCUACGCGGGCAUAGUCUAUGUGGUCUCGGAAGUCUUCCACUUCUUCUAUCCGCUACGUCAGGAGAUCAACCUGAGCAUGGUGUGGUGCCUGCUGGUUAUAUUCUUUGCCCUAAAGCUGCUCUCCUCGCUGACGGUGCUCUACUUCCAGAGCGAGGAGUCUAUAGGUGAGCGGUCAAUGGUGAUUGUGGCCUGUUUGGUUUACCUCUUGGUGGCCAUGAUUGUUUUGAUUGUGGACGAGCGUAUCCUGGAGACGGGCCUGGAGGAUGCCUAUGCUAGCUUUAAUGCCAGUGCCUCUAAAUUCCUAACAGAGCAAGGACUGCCUUCAUCUGGUCCCGCCUCCAAGAUCGUGGUGAAAUUCUUCCUAGCCAUGGGCUGUGGCCUUCUGGGUUCAUUGUUCACCUUUCCAGGCCUGCGCAUGGCCAAGAUGCAUUGGGACUCGCUGAAAUACUGCCGUGGCAAUCGGUUUCUGCAAGUUCUACUAAAUCUUAGUUUCGUGCUGCCUUUCAUCCUGGUCAUUCUAUGGAUCCGUCCCAUCAGUCGCGACUACCUGACCGUGCGUGUUUUUCAAGGCAUGCAACAGCCACUCCUGAAGCCUCAUGUCUUUGAGACCCUUCGCCUGCUGCUGGUGAUCUUUGUGGUGGUGGUCCGCUUUGCCCUAAUGCCUAUUUAUCUACAGUCGUACCUGAACCUGGCCCACGACAAGAUCCUGGACCUACGCAAAGAGGCUGGACGCAUCACCAAUGUAGAGUUCAAGCAGAAGAUCUCAUCGAUCUUUUAUUAUCUGUGCGUUGUGACCUUGCAAUUUGCCGCCCCACUUAUCCUGUGCCUGUACCUCACGCUGAUGUACAAAAGUCUGGGUGGCUUCAGUUGGGCUGGCAUUUUCAGGGAGAGCGUUGUCCUGCAGCACGAGUGUGCGGCAGUUGAUGAGAAUCCUUUAGCUGGUGCCAGUGGGGAAGCUUUAACGACCAAUGUCCAAGAGGACUUUAAUAUUAUUGAGUCGGCGCAAUCGCUACAGGCCUCACUUAGUAGCCUUAAAAAUGUGUUCUCAACGGAGGUGUACAAGGGCUUUUUGGGAUUCGCCACCUGGUGGAGUUACUUUACGCUUUUCGCCACUUCGUCGCUGGGUAUUGUGUACCAGUCCUAUUUUAACAAGACCUAACAAACCAAAAAUGUAGUCAUACAUCUUAAAUUCUUUUGUAGUCGUUCAUUCGAAUCAUACCUACAUUUGAUAUUGUUUACACCUAGGUUAAUCAAUGUCUUGAGAACAUAUUGGUUUUAAUGUAUUGUAAAUAAUACUACUUUACUGACUGUUUAUAAAGUGUGUGUAAUAAAGACAAAAGAGAGUCAUGGAAAUUACCAAAGUA